AAUCUGUACAGAAAGGAUCCUGACAUAUCGUUGACUAUUUGAAGCUGCCCCCCUCCCACAUUACCCACCAUGGUACAGAUCAGCCGCUGUUGUGGCCUGUGGACCAUCCCUGUUGGCUGCAUGGCGACAGCUGCAGGGUACUCGAUAUUUGCCUUGAUUGGGAUCAUCUUGUGCAUCGCAAAGCUUGCAAACCUGUCUUAUCUCACCGGAUACACUUACGAUAACAGUCUGACGUACGUGGGGUUAGCUCUGAAUGUCGCGCUACUUCUGCUCUGCAACCUGCUGUUCCUGGGCGUGGUCAGAAAAAAUGCAAGCCUGUGUUUCGCCUGGGUGGCGGGCAUGGCGCUCUGGGCAUGCGCGAACAUGUCAGUGGCUGUCCUGACUACAGACCAGGAUAUAGACCUGAUCAACUCGGAAGGUGCUAUUGCCAAGGAUGCAGGGCCAAUUUCUAACGUCCACGCCGGUAUGAUUGCAACUUGGAUACUGGUGGUAUCAGAGCUACUUCUGUUGAUAUACUGCGGCCUUGUUGUCCACACGUAUGCGCAGAGACUUUCCAGAGAGCGUAUCUUUCGUGAGCUAUCGGCCACACGGUCCUCAGCCGAGCACAAUCCAGAAAACGUAUCUUACGGCAUGGAUCUUCAGCCUGUCAUGGGGACGCCUCUGUACGCCUACUCAUAAAGAGAAAAAGCAAUCCACAGACACAUCUUCUAAUCCUUGCUACAUGUACAUACUAUCAAUUUCAACAGCAGUGAUUAUGAGUAUUAGCACACAGAUAUGUAAGCUUAGCUUUGACUGACCCAGGGGCAGUUUUUGUGGAUUUCGUCAUUUGACUAGUUCCUGACAAAGAAUAUCUCUCACUAUAUAUAUUAUACGUUUUGUAACAUUGCGAUGAAAAGUACAUCACAGGUCUAUUAUAGCCAUGAUUCUUCAGUGACGCCGUGUUAAAAGUAAAAGAGUACAAUUUAGCUGACCUGUUUUAUCAAGGCUUUCAGGACUGUGCAGUAAAGCAAAGCUAUAGCAUCUAGUCAAGACGAAUUUUGUAUUAGUGUAUGCUACGUACGCCCAUCGUUUUUGUACAUGGUCAAUAGCGCGUGUAUUCGUCGCGCCUGUGCAUUUUGUAAAGAUAGUCAGGGACGAACCAUUGAGGUAAGAUCGUACCCUGUGUGUAUAGAGGGAGACAGGGGUGUAUAGAUAGUUUUUGAUAUUUCAUAUGGACGACUGUCUGUUCUUUUACUGCUUAUUCUACAGUACACGUUUUGGUGGCAUGGCAUUAUUUCUCAUUCCGUGCCUUAUUUUAGGGUCAUCCUUGUCAAUUCCUAACAAAAACUU